AUGUCCUCCAGAACUGCAGUGCGCAAGAACGUGUUACGUCAACGUAUUGAAUCCGAAGGUUUUCGUGCGGUUAUCCCUUGCGAUCGUUGUGUGCGUCUUCAUAAGGUCUGCUUCAAGUCCGAGAGUUCCGAUCGUUGUAGCGAGUGUGUUCGUGGUAGUGGGGUAAAGUGCGAAAUGUCCAAACCAACUUAUUCCGAUGCUGAAUGGCGGCGACUGGUGAAACUUCAACAACAAAUUGCUGAGGAACGGCGAGAUGCUCUGGCUAAGGUGAUGCGUCUUGAGCGUCAGGAGUCUUUGCUUCGUUCUCGUGCCGGUGAUUUUAUCGCUCGCGAUUAUAAGGAGAUUGCAGAGUUGGAAGAUCUUGAACGUCGAGAAAAAGAGGAAUCUGAACGUCUUGAAAAGGAACGUAAGGCUCGUGAAGAGCAAGAGAAUCUUCAGAAACAAAGAAAGGACGUUGAGUACAAUGCUCAACUGGCAUCAAUGUCUGAUGAUCCUAGUUUGACUCAGAUGCUGAAUUCCCCUUCCUUCUGGGAGAAUUUCGACUCUGCUGUCGCUGGUGGUAUUCCUUCACCAACUGGUGGCAACCAGUCAAGUUCGCAAUAG